CUGGGGGAUUGCGUCAUCCCGAAUGCGCGUGCACUGAAGGGGAAUGAUGAACAGUAGUGAGCAGAAGGAACUCUUCUCUUCAACAUCGACCACUUACACUGCUUCUCACCAGGAACCAGAAGCAGCAGAAACACCAGCACCGUACCACCUCCAGUUUUUUUAAGUAGUAUCAAAAAGAAACAAAAAAAAUGUGAGUGGUGGGUGUGAAGAGAAUAUGAGCAAAGAAGUCUGUGGCGAGCCAUGGCGGCAGAGAGCUGGACUGGGCAGCAGCAAGGGCAGCAGAAGAAGCAACAACAACAACAGCAGCAGUCUCAAGGACAACAGUGGCCCGUGCAGCAGAAAAAGCUUGUGGAAGGAGGCCAGGUGUUGAGCAGGCUGCAGCAGCAACAACAACAGCAGCAGCAGAGAAAGCAGCACUUCCAAGGGCAGCAGUGGUCUGCUCAGCAGAAACUCGUGGAAGGUGGGCAGGUGCUGAGCAGACUGCUACAGAAUCAGCAGCAAGGGCAGCAGCAGAGGGCGGGCAGCGUGAGCGUGAGCGCCGAGGGCCGGAGCUCGCUGGCCGUGUGCCGCUGCACAGACUCGCUGUCGUGCUACUGCGGCUGGCGAUCGCACUGUUGCCGCCGUUGCUGGGAGCGGCUUGGCCGCUGCAAUGUGGCCGCACCAGACUACGCCUGGGUGGCGGGUGCCCUGGCCGUGCUACUCUGGGACGUGGGGACGGACGUGAUGCUGGCACUGAGCUACCUGGGCCGCGGUGAGCGUGCCCUGUUUGCGCUCACGCUCGCCUUCGUGCUCGGGCCCUCUCUCGCCGUGCAGGCCCUCAGCUUCCGCUGGUUUGCCAGAGACUUUGGAGCCCGUAGCCGGGCAGCUGUGGCUUCUGCUUCCGCCCUGUCAUCGUCUUCGGUUUCGGCCACGGCGGUUUCUGCAGCCUCGGCGACCUCGGCGCUGCGCCCGUGCUGCCGGGCCGGCGUGUGGGCCUGGCAGGGCCUCGUCCACGCUCUGCAACUCGGACAAGCUUGGAGGUACGUGCGCGUGCUCUACCUGGGCGUGCAAAGCCAGCGCCGGCGGCCAUACCGCCGCCGCUUCCAAUGGGCACUCAUGUACGAGUACGCCGACGUGAGCAUCCUGCGCCUGCUGGAGAGCUUCCUCGAGAGCGGGCCUCAGCUGGUGCUGCAGCUCUCCAUCAUGCUCCAGCGCCAUCGCGUCGAGCCACUGCAAUGUGUGUCAUCAGCUGCCUCUUUGCUGUCGCUCACCAUGGUGCUGGCCUCCUACCAAAAGGCGCUGCGGGACUCGCGAGAUGAUAAGCACCGCAUGAGCUACAGAGGCGCCUUGCUGCAGAUGUCCUGGAGGGCCUUCACCAUCUUUUCCCGCGUCCUCUCCUUUGCUCUGUUCGCCUCCAUCUUUCAGCUGUACUUUGUCAUUUUCCUGGUGGUGCACUGGUGCAUCAUGACAUUUUGGAUCAUCACAGAGGAGACCGACUUUUGCAUGUCCAAGUGGGAGGAGAUUCUGGUCGACAUGCUCAUGGGCGUCAUCUACAUCUUCUGCUGGUUCAACGUCAAGGAGGGAAAGACCCAUCGGAGAAUGUUUGCGUUUUACCUUAUCGUGUUGACAGAAAACUCGGCCAUGAUGCUACUGUGGUAUUUCAACAGAGACCCCUUGGCAACUGACGCCUACGCUCUGCCUCUCCUCUGUUUCAGUGUGAUCAGUUUCUCGCUGGGGAUGGCCAUAAUGAUGGUUUACUAUGGCUUCCUUCACCCGGGCGGCCGACGCUUUCAGGGGAUGCCUGGCUCUUGUUGCUCGGCCGCCCUCAAUGGCAUGACCAUCCCUCGGCCGCCCAGCCCACCACACCUGGUGCCACGGCCCCAAGUGUCGCUGUCUGAUGCCGCGCUACGGGGCAGCAGGGAGCUGAGCGAAGCGGAUGGCUACACGCCCGUUUUUGAAGUGCGGAUGUCGCCCAUUCCACCCUCGCCCGCCAUGCAGUACCGCUCGGAGGGGCCCGUGAUCAGGGUGGACAUCCCGCGCAAGAAAUACCCGGCGUGGGACGCGCACUUCAUCGACCGGCGCCUGCGGGGUAACAUCUACGUCCUCGAGUUCCUCACUCCUACUGCCACCGCCAUCCAGUACCGUGACGUCACGCUCUCAUACGAGAUGUACGAGUACGAGACGACUGUCUGAGCUGUCGCGGUGUCCGGAGUUGUCUGCGCAUUUCGUCUAAUUAUAUUUUAUUGGUAUUUUUUGACGUUUGAAAUUUUUAUUGCAAUAAGCAGGAAUAUGUUCAUGGUUGAGGUAUGUGCUAGGCAAGCUUAAUCCAAACCAAUUUGGAAUUGUCCGAUUUUGAUCUGAUCUUUUUUUUUAUGAUCUCUGCCGCAGUCUCUUACACACUUCUGUUGUCAAUGAAGCACUGUCAUCACGGUUGUCUGCGCCAACAAGAUUCUCAACGUUUUCCACUUCUUCCUUCUUCCCCAUUGUUUUUUAAAAGAAACGCCUUUUCUAGACGUCGAUAUUGUUAUUAAAUUAAGUAUGCUGCUAACUGAAUUUUACUUGGUAAAAAUGUGUUUGUGCAGGAUUUAAAUGUUGGUGCAAAAUACUGAUUUCAAUUGCGUGGUGUCAUGAAUUAGAAUGUGCUGCAUAGGUUUCAUCACCUGUGCCUCACACUAGACCAGGCAGGGCCUCAUUACUAUCUCAGGCCAGGUGAUGAUUGCUUUAUUUUUUUCCUGAAAAAGGUUAGAUAAAAAAAAUAUGAAGAGUUAAUUUUAUUAACAAUGCUAUUUUAUAAAACAUACAGUAUAUAUAAAUUAUAUUUUUUGUCUCGCUUAAGCAGAAUAAGCAUAGUUAUAUUUAUUUCACAGUGCACUUUAGUGAAUGUUAUAAGAAAUUAUAAAAAAAAUCUAUAACAUUUUUUUACAACAAUUAUUUAACUCUAUUAAGGGUUUCCAGUAAAAUAUGAUUACACUGAGUUUAAAUGAAUAAAAUACACAAGCACACAGUCUUUUCAUUUCACAUAUACAGUAUAUGUCAUGAAGAUAUCUGCACCUAUUAGCACGGUUGGCUAUGUAUGGUGCAAAAGAAGUUCAACAUACAUAUCACACUUUAUGCUCAGAGAAAAUUGCAUACAUUGCUCUGAAGAUUAAAACCUUCUGUUGAGCACUACUUGGUAGGUUCACACGAUAUAAAUAUGAUCCGUUACUUUUAGGCAGAUAUGGGUUCUUACACUUCAUAUAUGUCUACUUUAUAAUGUCUGACGUGCACUGUCAAGCAUUAAAACCCAUUUAUCAAUCUGUAACACGUUUAUUUUUCCUUAAAAAGGCAGAUCUAGCAAUGGUGCAACAUAAUGCAUCACAAAUGACUUAUUUGUGAUUAUACAUAGCAAUCAUCGACCGCUACUGGCAGACUAAUGCCCCAGGUCACACUUGCAAUGAGACUAUCCUGACCACUUCAGUUCUCAUCUGGUUAAACAAAAUAGACUUUAAAAUCAACGUGAAUCUUGAUAAUCCCAUGAAGUAAAUAUAGUCUGCUCCAAAUGUAAUUAUCUGUCCACCAACUACCAGCAUGGUGGGUUUAAUCUCCAUUGGGAGUGAUGCAGUGUUGUGAACCAAAGUUAAAUCUGCCACUGCCAUUUCACACACGUAUUGGGUGCCACACCAGAUAGUGGGCAUGUAACGAUGCACCGAUUGACCAAUUAAAAUCACUCGCGAUACGUGCAUCAGGUAGUUUUUGAUUUAUGCACGUUAUGAGAAAAUGAUAUUGCAAUGUUGCAUUUGGGCUAAUGGUAGUAAUGAGACAGACCGUAGAAACUAGAUGGACAAAACAAACGAGACGGUGCCGAUGGAUAAGAAAAAACUAAUUCGAUGGACAAAAAAGGGUACAUUUGAGAGGAUACUUGCAAGAUAGAAAAUUCGACUGAGUCAUUAUAAAUGAGAUAUUACAAAAAAACAGAUCAGAUGAAGAAAACUUAACCAACAGGAGAGUAUUUACAAUAGAGUACAGUUUACACGGUACAAAUGAGGCAGUGAAUAAAAUAUGUUAGCAAAGUAAUAUUGAAAUCAAUUCCGGAAUCAUGACCCCUGAAUUGUGACAGCUAGUUUGUAGUAGGUAAAUCGUUACUUGCCAAUAUAGGGAUUAUCGUCAGUUCAGCUGCAUUCACAUCUCUUGUUUUAGUGUUAGCAAAAUGUAGGGAAUCACAUUUCACCGAUAUAAAAAAAGCAAAUGGUAAAGGCUCAAUAAACCUUAAUCGUUUGAAAUAUUCCCUAGUUAUUUUGCAAACUAUCAAAUGCUGCUGAAGCAACCAGAUCAUUUGGUUCUGUGCAGGCUUGCUAGAAAUGACUUCAAAUUAAAACAAAAAUUUAAUUUUUAUUUAUUAUGAGACCAAAAUCUUAAUAAAAACUUACUAUACUUUUAAAGAGAAGCUACAUUUUCUCCUGGAAAAGCAUAUAGUGUGACAAAAAAAAAAAAUCCUAGCAAGCCUGAUUAGAAAUGCAUGCCAACCUAAAACCGUAAAAUCAACCCAUCACUAAGCCAUAGCAGACAUUGGUUAAAGACACGUCUUGUGGUGUGGUUGGUUUAACUCCAAAGGUGCCAGUGUAGUGUGCAUUGGAGUAUGGUUGUGGUGUUAGCAGUGCCUUUUUAUAUUUACUUUUACAAUGCAAUACUUCAGCAUUAUUUUUGUUUAAAUGUUAUCGUGAAUACGAAACACACCUUAUGCUUGUACAAACAUAUUUUCUAAAAUCUUUAUUACAGUGUAUUUAAAAUAUAUUUUCAUUUGAUGUUAUGUUUACAAAGUUGGUCUUAAAAUAUUCCAUAGUGAAAUGAUAAGUGAUCAAGUGGAAAACUGCACACACUCACACACAUGCACACACAAGCACAGUAUAUCUGCUAAAGCAAUAACAUCAUGUAAAACAGUUCGAUUUUAGAGCAUUAUACAAUCCAAUGGUGCUAAAACUUUCUUCAAAAGUACAUAGAACAACAUCAAGUUAGUACUUUGCUUUCUAUCUGUUUGUAUUGUGCAGUCAUUACACCAGACGUGUGAAAGGCUUAGCAGAAGUGCUCUGUGAUACAGGACAGAGUGCUCAAAGAAACCACAGACAUAAACUAAGACUACCUUUGGUGUUUUUUUUUGUUAUUUCCCACCUACAACUCUCCACUCCACCCCCCUGUUACCAAUUACACCAGUACAUUAAACCAAUGGUGCUCAAUGGUGCUCAAUGUUGGUGUUAAAUAUCAGGUGCUUAAGAGUGGAUGGGGGGAUUGCUGGUGUGAAGGUUGAAUCUUGAGUUUGAGGCAAAAACUUAAGUUUGCAACAGCCUACUUUGUUUCCACGACCACUGUUAACUGCUGUCUUAAAUAAAGUUCCCGUUUAACAAGGUAUUGUGUACAAAUUAAAAUAAAAAUUUGUUGUAAAAUGUUAAGCCAUUCUAAAGAAUAGCGCGGCUUGUGAAGUUGCACUCUGCCAGAGAUGUUACUGACCGUGCGUCAUUUUCUGCAUUAACCCUGCGAUGUCACGACUGCUUCCGAGGUUGGCCCACUUAACAGUGCGUGGCUUCCUUAUGAAAGCGAUCUUCCAGGCCCACUUCGCAGACUCACUUGUACCCCUUUUUCCACUGGCAUAUCUAAGUCACGCCAGCGCAGGGACCAUCUAGGUAUGGAUGGUUUUUCCACUGGCUAAUUACGUAGCCGAACCACUGGCCUCCCACCGAUAUCUGAAUUUGGCUUGAGGCCAAGCAAGGCCAAAGGUGGAGCUAAUCACGUUCGUCUUAUGUUGCACGAGUUAAUGCACUUGCAAGUUUUAUGCUUUAUGUCGUACAUGCAUUGCAUGUGACGUCAGCAGUAUGGCUCUGCUACUGCAGUGGACAAAAACCUGGCACCUUCCAGCUGUACCGGGCCGGCUCGGCACAGCCCUGUUGGGUUGGGUCGGCAUGUGAGGGCUGCUGUGGGAACUCGGUCCGACAAGACAGUAAACUUUUCUCGCGAAAUUUGGCCAACACGCUUCCCCUUGGUCGUGGAAAAGUGAUGUAAGGCUGGUCUGAGUGCUUACUCGCACUCUUGAGUAGGAGCCUUUGGGAUCGGUGGGUCUUCAUUAUUUUAUUAUUUCCAUUCUACGUGACUUUACCGAAAGAACCAAGAAGAAGACAACUGGUGUUAACAUAAAAUGAGAAUCAUUUGAUGGAAAAUAAAUCCUGUGUAACCAGGGCCAGACCGACUUCAAUUCCAAGUGCACAUAAUGUAAAUGGAAACUGAGGUCAUGUCUGAAUUGGUAUAAUAGAAUUGUUAUAUUGGGGAAUUGGGGAUAUCAAUCGCCCUGUUUAAACCCAAUGCAGUACUGCAGUUGCGUUUCUGUUUUUCUGAGUGUAUUUCAAAUCUGUGUUAGGUAGUUGUUUACAUUACGAGUAUAACUUUCUACUUUAGAUACUGGUGAAUAGUGGGAUAUACACGUGGUAGAAAACAAUUGUGACUCAUGUGAGUAUUAGUGUGGUUCAUUCUUCCAGAAGUGCUCACGCAAAAAGGAAAAUUAUACCCAUAGACCGAUGGUGCUAAAUUACCGAUGCAUUUGUACAAUUUGCCGAUUGUAUUCCUAAAGCCUUAUGAGCAGAAAUAUUACAUUCUUAUAGGCAUAAGGAAAUACAUUAUUUUAUAGCCAACACAGAUGGCCUGAAAAACCGUAAAGGUUUUGGACUUAAAAGCCAAACCAUUUCAAUUUUUAAGGACUAAUAUGUUAGACGUGACUGUUCACUAUUUAUAAAGCUUGCUCAUUUACAACAUCUUCCUGGUCUACAGUUCCACACAACAAACCUUUUACACAUGCUUCAUUGUAUGUUCACCGUUACUUGAAACUGUGUUGUGCACAUCUCUUCUCCAUUGCCCAUUCCCUUCCUCUUCCCUCGUCCCUCCACUCCUUUCGGUCCCUCCCCUGCCCUUUUGUGACCUCCACGUGCCCUCCGUUGCCACGGUCACUCAUUCCUCGGCCCUUGUACGCUCCUGCCAUCUCAAUCGCUCUAUUUUUGUUACCACUUUUUGAACUAUGUAAAGCACCUUGAGUUAAGGCGCUGUAUAAAUAUAAAAUAGGUCAAGUCGGUUUUCACCAUGCUCAAAACCGUGUCAGAACAUCAGACGUUCUCUUCCCAAUGUUUCUGCACUUUUUCACCUUGACACGAAGUUGCUUUUUGCAAGUUCAUACCUCCAAUGGUUAUCCUGCUACCCUGAUGAUAAAUUUAAGUUUAUUUCUAUAAUAAAAUACUCCUGAUGUAAUAAUGCGUUCAGAAGUGACAUUUUCGCAAGACGUAAAAAAUGAAAGUGGCAUUUUGAUCAAUUUAUGUUUUUUUCUCAGUCUUGCACAACUGCUCAGAAACAUUUCAGUAAAAUGGCAUGUGUUUCACACUUCAAGGUGAGAAAGGUUGCAUGGCUAAAGGGGUGAAGGAAUGAUACAUGGUCCGUCUCUCCUUUUGCUAACUGGUUGCAUAAACCACCUUGAGUAUGUUUUCCCCUCUUGUACUCUGCUAAAUGACAACCAAGGGGCAAUUCCCUGCAGGUGUUUUAAUCAACUUGCUACAUACAGGUUUGUAGGCAGUGAAGCAUUUAUACUGAAUCAGAGCAUAGGCUCAAUGUGUGUGUGUGUGUGAAACUUGGGAGAGUUCAAACUAUAGAACCAUCCUUAUUGAUCUCUGAAAACACGGUUACAUAAAAGCAUGAAUUUACCCUAUGACCCAAUAUAUUAUUUUAACACGUAGGCUUUCGCGACCAAUAUCAUCCAUGAUGCAGGUUUUUUUCGGGUUAAGUCGUGUAAAUAUAUAAAUGUGUUGUUAAACCCGCCU